AUGCCAGAUUAUAGGCAAUGCCCGAAAAAUUGUCAUUUUACGGACACCAUUAAAUGGCAUUUUUGUCCAUUUAUUAGACCGCAUCUUGAAUCAAAACUUCUUGUUGGACAAGAUGAACGUCGUGUAUUAUUGGAACGGUUAUUAACAAGUGAAAAUAAACAUGAUAAAUAUAUAUUUGAAAAUCAACAGUUAAUAAAACGUAAUAAUGAUCUAGAGUCAGCGUUACAAGAGAUGGCGAGAGAAUUUCAAGGACUACAAAUUCAAACAAACAUACAAACUAAUCGUCGUUGGCUCGUAGAUAGUGAUGUAUUUGCUUGUAUGAAGUGUAAUCAACAGUUUAGUGUCACAAUGAGAAAACAUCAUUGUCGAAAUUGUGGUAAUAUAUUUUGUGAUCAAUGUUCAUCAAAAACUACGCCGUUGGCUGCCAGUAAGAAGCCCGUUCGUGUAUGCGAUCAAUGUUAUAAAGAAUUGACUUCAUAA